CAGCAGAGGCGCUAUAAAGGCGUUUUAAGAAACAACCGUAGACAGAUCUACUGCGGGCUAACUUACAUACUGUUAGUGUUUCUAAUACCCAGUAAACUGGCGGAUUGGACGUUAUUGUGAGAUUUGCCUUUUUCAACUAUAACUUUUCAGGUACGUAAACUUGGCUUACAUUUUGUUAUUUGAGGGUCUGGUGCCCCAACAAUAGCAGAAGCACGUUGGCAGGUGGUUAGCAAUAUGCUAGCAGGCCGCAGAGCCUCGUCUUUUCCUAGGUGAGGGGACGGGAAGAGUGGAGCAACGGCGCGGCUGGUGUUUUCCUACCGGCCACGUGUAAAUAAAAAAGAUUAUACGGCUUAUCGAGAUUGCAACACUUUAAUGUAAUGCAAUAAUGCCCGUUAUUGAUCAUUUUGCGUCAUUUGGGUUAUAUUUUAGGUGAAAUUACAAAGCUAAAUCUUUCGGUUAAGUGUAAUGUUCAUGUUAAAGGUAGGUACUGAAACUUGUACCUAACUUUUUACCCAUUUGCUAUCACAUCUAUAUCCGAUGUUUUCUUGUUAAAUGUAGUCCAGUACUUAAUUUAAAAUUGGGAAUGGAUCAUGUGUUUUUAGCCUAGCAGCUAUUCACAGUAUUGGCAUAUAAACAACACAUCUGCUUUGCAAAUACAUUGAAAUUCUGUGUUAUUGUACUCUAUCUCCUGUUUUGGUUGAUCAAAAAUUCAGAUUUAACAUUAUUUUUCCAUUAAUUUGCUGUUAUGAGAUGUAACUCUGACAUGGAUAGCAAAAGAUAACGCUGAAUGUGAACAUCAAAAAUAUACAAUAGUGUGAAAAGGGAGAAUUUCGCUUAAUUUUUAAGUUAAAGUGAAGUUUGUACCAUUUAAUCUUCCAGUGAUGAGAGUUAUGAUGUUGUAAAUGAUCCAUAUAGUGAAAGGGUGUAGCUUUCCUUUAAUCCGUGGUGUUAUUGAAACAGAAACUUUGAAAGAGAGAGAGAGAGAGAGAGAGAGAGGCAGAGAGAGAGAGAGAGGGACAAGUCCGGGCAUAUUUUCACUGCAUGGGUGUAGUAAUAGGAGCAACAGCUGACUCACUGUGCAUCAGCUGUGUUUACUACAGCUCACGUUUUCUGUUCAGACACUCAGAAAUGUGCCCAGACAUAUUGCACUGAAGGGGGACACAUCAGGCUGGGCACUGGGAUGUUAAUCUGGACAUGUUGUGCAUCAUUAACAUAUUUGGCAUAUGGGGGAAAUGUGGCUUUUUUGCUGCAUCACAGUGACCAUGAGGAUUUUUCCCUCAAUAUUUAGAAGUUUGUUGUCAUUGACAGCACAAGUACCUCCCUUGGAUAACCAAGGCUACAUUUUAAGUGAGUAACCAAGGCCAUUAUUGUGACUGUUGUAAUAUAACACAAGGGUCGCAUGAAUGCAAUCCUGAAACUGCAGCCUUUGUGUCUGCAGAUACAUUUAAACUGGAUGUGUAAUUUGUAAAGAAGUGUAAAGCUUUUGAUCAAAACAUUGAUAUUUUUCACCAGCAAUACAGCAAUGGUAUUGCACAAUUAAGAGUAACACUUUUUGCUGUAUUAGUAUUUUGUCCCUCUCUUAAUUAUAUGAAUCAUUGAGCAGUUGUGUAUUUUUGUCUUGUUUUUUGGUCUUGAAUUAUGAGUUGUUUUAUCAAUCAUCAUACAGUUUGACAUGCAAGUUCUGAUCCUGCUGUCAACAUUAGGGUCAGGUUACCCAGCUGUCAUCAGUCCAUCUGCAGCAGUUUGUAGUUUUAGGGGUGACUGACAGGACCUCCCACAUUGACAGGGUGAAAGCACUUAAAUACUGCAGCAAAGUGAUCCAAAACUAGUGAUGUUUUCUUAGCAGGAAAUAGUUGUUUUGAUGCAAUCCACGAUAUUUUUAUUGACUUUGAAGGUUAAGCUUUUUGAAUUUAGUUUUUUUUUCCCUCCUGAAUGAGAUCACUUGUGGUCUUUUGAUGUAAGGUGGAAAGUUAUGCUAGCCCCCUGAUAGUUAACAUGAAAGAUUUUGGAAAGAAAAACAAAAUUCUGUUUUUGAAAAAUGUAGAUAUGAGAGGGUUUCUUGAUCAGUUUAUCAAAAAGAGGUCUUACAUUUUUUUUUCUUUUAUUGGGUGGGACUACAAUGGAAUUUCUGGGCUGUCCAAAUGUAUUGAUCUGUUGGAAGUUGUGCCAGUUGAUUUUUUUUCACCAAAUCCUUAGUUGCCCCUUAACCCAGAAGCCAGCCCUGCAGUGAAACUAUCCCCAGCUCAGAUUUUCCUAUGGUUACACUUGGUUAAUUAGUCAACCAUGGUUAGCUGUUGCCAUAGUUAUGUAAUUCUUAUGGCACUAGUCAUCCUGGACUAGUCUCGGCAUGUCUGUGUGAUUAAAUCAGCUGGUACAGUCAGUAUGAGCCUUACAUGCCUAAACUUACAUGCUGUCUGCUGCUGACUCAGCCUGAGUGUCCCUGUUAGGCCCUGAUAGGCCCCUGUCAGGCUAACCCAGGCCAUUUCCACUGGUCUAGUCCUGACAUGUCUGAGCAGCACUAUAAGAGGCUGGAGCUUCCCUCUGCUACUCUCUGACUGCACUUUACCUGCUUUUUCUUGCACAGGAUGGAUUACUGAGACAGUGAACUCCAAAUAUAUAUAUUUAUACAGGUAAGAACCUUUUGAAUAUUGUAUUUAACACUAACAUUUACAAACAAUGCUACUUUUAAGAGACUGUGUUAAUAUUAUAAAAACUGAUGUUUAACUCCUGUAACUGUGACAAAAAUAAAAGUAUGAUCAUUCAGCUAAAAUUAAUUCUUUUACAAAUGUGUGGUACCUUCAAAAACACAAUAAAAUACUUGCAAAAUAUGGGGUUGAAGUACAUAAUGUUUUUUACAUAGUAUUCAGAGCACUGUUCAUUACUCUGAACAUUUCACCACAUAUGUUUUGAAUUAACCAACACUUGUAUGUCAUAACUUACUUGAGAAGAGACUUGUGUGUAUGUUGUUGUUGUUGUUGUUGUUAUAGAUCAGAAGUUAUUUUCUCUGCAAACUGUUGAGGGUCUGAUUAGAUGCUCUAAAUUUGUUAUAAAUAUCUCAUUCUGCAAAUUAAUGCGAUCUGACACAUCAGUCUGGCAGGCAAUACAUUAAAUAGUUGGAAUUAAGUUUGAUAGUUUGAUCCAAAGCCUAUGCAUAAGGAUACUUUUAUACUCAUAAAAACUGAUUACUUGUGUUUUCUUCUCACUGCUGCAGCUGUUACUAAACAGCAUCAGAUGCAGUUAAUGAAUAUUGUUAUAGUUAGGAUUAUGAACAUUAAACAGGCCCAUUAAAAAAACAUGUUCCUUUAAUACAAAAAAGGGUCUAAGCAUCUGUUGGUUGUCAGUCUAUUGACAUGAUGGUAUAAUGUAAACUUUGCACAGUCUAAAUAAAUGUUCUAGAGUAGCCCAACCCAACUGAGCAGAACAUUUUGUGCAGACUAGUUGUGUAAGAGGGAAAUAUACUGUAACGUCAUUAAGAUUUGUUAUGGUUGGAUCAGAGAAAAAAGACUGACCCUGUGGGGGUGUGCAGCAGCUGUUUGCACUGACGUUUUAAUUUCCUCAGGGGAACCUUUCCAAAAGUAUAAAUAAAGUUGUAUCUAAUCUAAUCAAAAAAAGUACAGGGUGUUAAAGAACACAAGGGAACUUUUCUUGGAAAUUACAUGUUGGAUGGCAUUUUGAAUUUCCACUAAGAGUGCCUGAAGUCAGAGGCUUUACAGCACCAAUGUCACAGUUUUGUUCCAGCAAAGGAAAUUAAAUGCAGAAUAGAAGUUGCAGUUUUGCACACUUAUCUCAGAUUGUUUAUGUUUUUUUUGGCCCAGUGUUUGGCCACUUAGUUCAAGUGAGUCUCUUAACUUUCACCAGGGGAGUUUCUAGCAACAGCAGCCAAAUGUCCCAGCAAUAAAAGAACAAUUAAACAGCCUUAAGCUUCCUGUUUACGCUCAAACUGCUGGUGACAAACAAUCAGAUGCUUGAGAGCAAUAUAGAUUUCUCAGUAGGGAUAGACUGUGCUAUUGGCAUACAGCAUAAAAAGUUGAUUAUCUGCAUCAGUUGACAUGAAUAUUUCUGCAGAUUUACUUAUUCAAAAGGCGAUGCAUGAAAUAUUCAAACACAAUGAAAGCCUGCACAUGUUGGUUGCAUAGAGGUGUUUGGGAGUGUUGGAAACAGUUGACACAUCACUGAAUGUCUUCAGUAAAAAAAUACAUUUAUCAUCAAAAUUAAAAUUCUGUUAGCCUUGUUUUAUGUCUGCUUCUGAAACAGCAAGACCAUAGAGAGUAAAAGGUAAACUCUAUUACUCUAAAAUGUUUCAACACUAUCAUAUAUUUGCAAAAAUCCAAUAGCAUUCAUUUGUAUUUCUUAAGAAUUUAACAGAGUACUGGGAAAAAAAAGGUUAUCUUUCAUGAGAUGCAGAUACUUCACAUAUCCAGGGAUAUGACUUAAAUGUUUCUUUGUAUAGGCUGGAUGUUAAAUAGAGGACUGUUCGUCAAGCAGUGACUUAUCUAACAAGCUAUUGAAAUAUUUAUAGAAAAAACAAAGUGUUACAGAAGUGUUACAGAUAACGGAGAGAGAGGUACUCUUUUACUCUCAAGAGCCACCAGACCCCAGGAGCCCAGAAGACUUGUCUCAAAUCUCAAAAAGUCUGAAAUCUAAAUUUCAAACUGAACCUGUGGGGUGCACAUUAUCCCCUCUGAGUGUCUCAGCUGAAAGUCACACUUUUGCACCUCAGCGUCAGGCGGGGUCAGAGUGUAAUGGUCAGGGUCAGCUGUAGAGUCAGCAUGAGCAGUAUGUCGUCCAGGGUAAGAUUACAUCUGUACGCAGACCUUUUGCUUGUGGAGCAGUUGCACCACAGCAACAGUGUGUUAUUAGACAAAAAAGUCACUUAAUUAUUUUAUUCCAAUAAUUGUGUAAAACUCGUAGAUUUAAAGAACUAAAACCUGGCAAACAAACCAAACCAUCUGCUCAAAUCAAACAUUUUGCUGAGGGAUGAAAACGUUGGUAUUUAACUUAGUCGGCACUGAAAUGUUGCCAAAAAUGACCUUUUUUUCUGUUGAAGAUUUAACCUUCAUUAGUUUCAUUUUCUCUAUUUCUACUAUGUGUGGAAGGAAGCCUUGAAAUUGAAUCCCUGGUUCAACCUGUUUGUGUGUUCUUGUUUCCAGGAACCCUCAGCUUCAUCAUGUCAGCUGACAGCGAGCUCAACGCCAACACUGCUGAUGACAACAAACUGGUGAGAGCAGCUCCUAACUGGAUUCUUUACUGGCUGGUUGUCCCACUGGUGUAUACACUGACUGUGUGACUGUUUUGACUGACUGUCUUUCUGUCUCUGUGUGCUCAGGUCAGACCAAAGGUAGAGUUUCAAACUUUGCUGCAACAUGCAGGAGCUACUAAAGAUGUUUUCACCAUGAAGGAGGUACAGCAUCUUCCUUUGACUUUCAAGGGACCAGACGGUUUAAAAUAAUACAUUUUCAGCAACAUGUGCUUACAUUUCCUAUACCUUUUUUAUUGCCACGUUCAACCUGGCUUCAUUCUGUUUUCAUGAUAUAAAUCAUCUUUUUUCCCCUUUUUUGGUGCAGAGUGUGAGAAACAUCUAAAUUUAGUUUAGAUGUGCUGUUUCACUUCCCCUAGUUUUCACAUACUUUAUCUUCCCUGUAGGUGAUGUUCUACCUCGGUCAAUACAUCAUCCAGAAGCAACUGUACGACCAGAAACAGCAGCACAUUGUUCACUGCUCCCAGGAUGCUCUGGGGCAGGUGCUUGGGGUCGACAGCUUCUCUGUCAAAGAAACCCGGUGAGUACCUCUGUAGUAUCCCUGUGACUGCUCUGUAGAACAACAGAAACAUUAUUUAAAGGAAGUUCCCAUAGCAACAGUAAAGUCAUGUGAGGAACUUUCUGCCUGUGUUGAUCCUUUUUAUGUUUGCUGUUUCCAUCUCGUCCUCAUGGGAGUGGUGUGAAUUGACCAAAAAAAUCUCCUUCCGUUGAUUUUUUUUCUCAGGAAGUUUAACAAUCACUUUGAAUAUUUGCAGUUUUUCCUGCAUACCCACCCCCUCAAAGCAGUUACAGGCAUUCGAAAUUUCAAUGUAGAAAUAGUAAUCUGUUUCAUAACCCAUCAAAACUCUACACAGGAGCUUUAAAGAUGCAAUUCUAUAGGUUACAGGUGAAAUGAGCAAAGAUUAUAAUCUUUUGUUAUAUUUGGAGAGAAAACUGUUUCAGCAGCUUAAAGGCAGAAAUAAGAACAGAUAAAAUGACUAAAGAUGCAGUCCUAGGCAACGACUGCUUCAGUUAUCCUGUAUUCUGUAUAAACAGGAAAGUAUUACACCAGGAUGAGUCAUGACUCCUAAAUAUUUAAGUGAUCACAGUUUUCUAAUAAAAUCCAAAAGUCCAUGUGACUAUUAUGACAUUUUAAAAAUAUACCACUAUUUUAGUACAUCUGACAGCUGUUUUCCAAGCUCCAAAUAAUAAAAAGACAGUCAGAGAGCAGUAAUGACAGGCACUGGUUAAAAAAAAAAGAUGUAGUUCUGUGAAAUUUGGAAGUAGAGAGAAAAAAUGCUAAGACCUCUUCAGCUGUCACGAGGAACUUGUUUGGAAAAACAGCCAAGAGUAGGGUCAAGUAAAACUUAAACAUACCAUAGUUGUUGUUAAUAAUGUACAUUCAAGACUUAACUUAAAGAUGCAUAAUAAAUAGCCUAUUUAAUAAGGUCUAUGAUGAAUAAAGUGUGACAAAAUGUGUUUGCUAUUGUUGGUGCUUAUUUCAAAAAUGUGUAUUUUUCAGAGUUUUGUUUGCUAUGAUCACCAAGAACCUGGUGGCCGUCAAGAACCAAGGUAUGAAAAUGUCUUUUGCUGCUCUUAUCUAAUCCACAAGCUUUUAAUUUUAACUUUAUUAUCCUAAAAGUCACCUCUGUUGUUGGCACCUGCUUUCAGUAAUUUCCCCCCUUUUUAAGACCGUUUUGGGGCAGUAGUUAGUCCACUUUUAAGAACUCUGUGGUGCAGUGAACAUCUUUUCCUUAACCAGCCCCUUUACUUUCUCCUUCAUUUUUUCUCUGAACUUGGCUGUUGUCUUCUUUCUUGUGUUUUAAGCUCUUGUCUUUAUUUUCUGUCUUGCUUCUGGGCUUAAACUUGACUGUCAUUUUCUCUCAGAGUCAACACAAAGCUUGAGUGAAUCGCAAAGUAACAGCCAGACAGAAAGAGGUACAGAGGUAAGCCUAACCUGGAGUAACUUGUUUCUGUUAAAAGCGCACACUCCAAGCUCAACUUAUAGAAUAUAGGAAAAUACAUAUAAAUCACAGCUGAAAAAAAUUAGGCAUAAAUGUAUACAAAGUGCCCCACUGUGCACAAAAAUUGACAUCAAAAGGCAAGAAAAAUGUCCAGAUUUAUUUUACAACAAUUUCAAUUUUAUAUUUUUGCUUUCAGGAGGUAGAUUCAGAAAGCCGUUCUUCAUCGCCGGAGAGAAGGAGACGAAGGCGAAGAAGGCGGAGUCGCAGGAGCAGUGACCCUGGUGAGUUUUUCGGCCUCAUUAAAGCUUUCUAAUAAACGAAUCUGUGAUACCCAUGAGACUUAAACUCCGCCCACCUGCUCUCCUCAGGCCCCUCCCAAAGUAUAGAUGAUGAAGCUGAGGAAGACUCAGAAGAGGAUGAGGAGGACGGAGGUAGGAAGAGGAGGCGGUCUGAUAGCUACUCCCUGACCUUUGAUGAGAGCCUCUCCUGGUGUGUGAUUGGAGGACUGGCGAGUGUGCGGGACAGACACAGCAGCCAAUCAUCUGACACACACAGUUCGGUGAGUUUCAUAUGCGACAAAUGAAGGAAAACUAGUAAACACUUAAUGAGAAAAACCUUCUUUCUGUGGCUUUCACUUCAUCGCUCUGGGAUGCAGUGUUUGGUGUCAGGUCUGAACAAAAUAUUUUUGCGUUUUGUAAAAAGUUUUUUGUAAUCAUCGAAAGUUUGUGCAGUUGUCCACUAGGUACUGAUGUCUUGAUUUAUCUUUGUCCCUGAACUGAACACUUUGCGUUCUGUCUCACGUGGUGCUCUGCAGGCGUGGUUGUAAUGUGUGCUGUGUAUGUGUGUGUGCGUUUUUAGUCGGUGCGGUCAGAGAUCAUGGUUGCAGCCUCAGACUCAGACAGUGAUAACUUCAGUGUGGAGUUCGAGGUGGAGUCUGUUGACUCUGAUGACUAUAAUGAAGAUGAUGCUUCUCUGUCCGCAGAUGACCAGGUAAGAACAGACACAAAUCUACAAUGAACAUGUUUCACUGACACACCUGCAGCAUCACUCAGCCCCUCUUCUCACCUGUCUGUGCACAGGUGUACGAGGUCACGAUCUUUGAGGAAGAAGAAGAAGACUCCUUCGAUGAAGACACGGAAAUCACUGAAGCUGUGAGUUUGCCAGCAAACAUUUAAUACAAAAUAAAAAUACAAACUGAUGAUGAAAAUCUGACUGACUGUGUGUUUGUUUGUUUUCAGGAUUACUGGCGUUGUGCGGAGUGCGAGGAGCUUAACCCUCCUCUGCCCAGACACUGUCUCCGCUGCUGGACGCUACAACAAGACUGGCUGCCUAAGGACACGUUAAAGUCUGCCUGCUCCAGUCCUAAAGCCCUCCCCCCAAAGCCAAGCAACCAGUCAGCCAAAGAAGCACCAGGUGAAUUGACUUGAUUCAUCUUCAUUUCAUCAGGUCCAUUUCAGUGACAGGUUUGAUUCUGCAUUUAUGUGGCUGCUGGUUAUCAUGGUUUUUGUAGUCCAUCUGUCGUCAGUUGUAGUUCUUUUGUAACAUCUGUGACAUCUACCUCGUGUAAUUCCAGUCAGAUUGUCUUAUCCUAACAGUGUCCUUUUCCUAACUCCUUUAUCUUGACCCGUUGAUGCUUUGUUCCUCCUUCCUUGAAACUCUGACUUUAACACUCAUCUGUCUCCUUCAGGUUCUGAUGCUGAAGAUAAUGAAGGAGUCGAUGUCCCAGACGGAAAAAGAUCAAAAUCUCCUCCCAUCCCAUUGCAGUGCUUGUCUGACUCCGCCUCCUCUGCCCCCAACUCCCAGGAUCUCCUCUCCUCCUCCCAGCCUUCCUCCUCCUUCUCGUCCUCUCAGCCGAAGAUCUGGACUCCUGACUCCCAGCCCUCCUCCUCCAUCGACUCCCAGGAGCUCCUCCCAUCUUCCCCGUCCUCUCUCCCUCCUCCUCAACCUCCGCCUGCAGUCCCUGAACUGGACCGCAGUGUUUCGGCAGAGUGGCGUCUGCCAGACUCGUGCCUGGACCCGUGUGUCAUCUGUCAGUCACGGCCGAAGAACGGCUGCAUUGUGCACGGGCGGACUGGGCAUCUCAUGUCUUGCUAUGUCUGCGCAAGGAAGCUGAAGAAGAGGAACAAGCUGUGUCCGGUCUGCAGGCUGCCCAUCCAGUCAGUCAUCCUCACCUACAUCAGCUGAGGGACACCAUCCAUGCCCCCACUCUACCUGUGCUCACCUACCUCAGCUGAGAUGGCAGUCUUCCCUCAUCUUCACAAUGCCUAACCCUUUUUCUGAUUUUCUGAAUCUAAAACCUUUAUUUGGCCCUUUUUAACAAUCUUUUUUUUUUUUAAAUCAAAAGAUUAUUUGCAUUUAUGAUUCUCCAUUUGUAUCGUAAAUGAUACAUCAGGCAUUACAUGCAGUUCUGGCGAUACAACAAAAACAUCAGCCCUUUAGUUUUUCUAACUGCUAUUUACAUUUUCUUUUGUUAUACCACGUGGUCAGCAUGAAAACAUUAAACGACCAAAACCAACAAUCUCACAAGACUUUAAGAUUUAAGAAAAGACAUUAAUUUUUCAAAAGAGACUAAAUAGCUUUAUAGUUUGAUAAGAAAUAGAUGAAAAUUUGCAAUUUACUGAGGAAAUAACCCGUUAUUCAGGUAAAAUACAAGUUUUCCCGCUGUUUCGAAAUGGAAGUCACACCACAGUCAUUGUUGGUUUGGAAGUUUUUAACAGGGUUAUUUGGCAGAAACAAAAAUAAGGAACAUCAGUCUAAUCCUUAUAAUAACUCCUACAGCUCAGUGUGAUCGAAUUUUCUUCAGUCCCUUCCUUUGCUCUUUCCUUAUUCUCUAUUUUUAUCGCUUAAGACACUCACACUUAAAAGGAACAAUCCCAAAAAUCACACUUAAGAUCAGUUUUAUUUCUCUGUGACCUGCACUAGGGGAUGCUUUGUGCAAAUAAAUUACUCUAUAGCGAUGUUGUUGGAACAAGUUAUCCUGUGCCCACAUUCUUAUCUGGUGGGAAUAAGUUAAUUAUCUUAUACACAUAAUUUAAUCAUCAACAUCUGUCUCUGCCCCCAAAAGGUAAUUUCAAUGUGCACUCGAAAUAAUAUCUCAAGUGCACAUGAUAUCAACUUGUAAGCGUUAGAUUUUCGUGUAUUUACAAAACUAUUUACUUGCUCCUGGAAGAUAGUAACUUGAUAGCAUAUCAUAAUCAUCUUGAGUGCACAAUUAAAAAAAAAAUCACUUUUGGGGACUUAAGUAGCUUUGUAGAUUUUUAACUUCUCUCAUCUGAAUUGAGUUAAAAAAAUGCUGGAUUGUUCCUUUAAGCCUUAUUACAUCAUUCAGUAACGCUUGUUUUGGAGACGUUUUAUUUUAUGGGUCUUUUUAACUAAUUAAAUCUCCUGGAAAGAACUAUGUUGCUGUUUUUAGGAAAGACGAAUAUCCUCAAAGUUGAAACAUUAGUGUGCAGUGGUUGAGUAUGAUACUAACUUUUACUGAUAGAGGAAAUACAGAAAAUCUUAAAGGUCGGCUGCAACUUCUUUUCUUGAGACUCCUUGUUGAUAAUGAGGAGAAUAUUUAAGAUUAAAGACCCUUAAAAUAAAGCUUUAUCCGUCUUAAAUUUAUAGGUCUGUUAUUUCCUUAUCCCUUCACCAAGAGUUCCCUUGGAAAGAAAUGUGCAAUUUCAGAGGAAAUAUUGUGAGAACAGAAGAAAGAAUUUAAUUGAUUAAAAUGUUAUUUAAAACUUUAUUUGAGAAACAAAUUGUACAAAGUCAACUUUUCUUUACCUUUACCUUUCUUUCCAAGAAACUGUGAAGAAAAGAGUGCGAUUAUAGAAGGAAACAGCCUAUAAACGUCAGUGUUACUUGAUGUCUUUAUAGAGAUAUUUAUUAAGUUUAUUUAAGAUGCUCCAGUUUAUUUAAUAGACUUUUAUAUGAGCUCUUUGAAUAAUAAGAUGAAUAUGAGACCUCUAAUUUCUAAUGUUUCUGUUGAGCAUUUUCUGUGAACUGAAUUAAAAUUUAUCUUGUGUUAACAUA